ACAGAAAAGCAAAAACUUUCACUUUCAAAGACGAUCGUAUAGUAUUCAUAAAGGGCGGCCAUUAGUUAAAGCUAUGGUAGUAGUUACAACCACGGGAUACUACGUAACUGUUGUUGGGCCCUACUUGUCAGACAGUAAAAACAGCGAUGCUGCUAUUUUAACGCACAUGCUAAAAAAUAAUGUACAGGAUAUUAAGAACUGGGUACACGAAAACGAUAUAUUCGUCGUAGACAGGGGCUUUAGGGACGCCGUGGGAAUUUUGGAUGAGAUGGGCAUCAAAGCUGAAAUUCCGUGCUUUGCUAAAAAGGGUAGCAAGCAACUCUCCACAGAAGAAGCAAACUCAAGUCGACUUGUGACCAAGGUGAGGUGGGUGGUGGAAUCCGCAAACGCCCGAAUUAAAAGAUGGAGAUAUCUUGACCAUGUUUCACCUACAAAUCAGGUGCCGUUUGUGGGAGACUACAUUAGAAUAAUAUGUGCAAUUUCUAAUAAAUAUUUCCCUCCAUUAUCUACAGCUCAAGAGGACGACAUGGCGGUUGCUGCGAAGAUGAAGUAUCUCAGCAUUGGGGUGAAUUUACUGAAGGAAAGGGUAGAAAACGAGAAGCUUGACAAAAGGACUGUUAUUUGGAGAGAAGUGCAAUUACUGGAUUUAGACUUUCCCAGGCUAUCAGAAGAACGAUUAAGAGAGUUAACCUGUGGAAUUUACCAGCUGAAUCUUGCCUCAAGUUACAUUCAAGAACAUUUGGAUGGUAAUAGCGAUGUCUAUGUACACCAAGAAGACCCUCAUCUCAUUAGGGUGAAAAUUCAGAGCAGACACACCUCGGCAAAGAAACAUCUCCUAUGGAUAUCAUACAAUGAAACAGAAGUCACGGCCUGGUAUUGUAAAUGCAAGACAGGGGCAAGGGUUGUUGGGGUUUGUGCCCACAUCGCCGCCAUAAUCUGGUUUCUGGGGUAUGGGAGAUACAGCCAUGGUGACGUGGGUGUAAGGAAUUGGGCAGAAUAUGUUGAGGAUGCUGCUAACAUUCCACAGGAAAUAGAUGAUUCAUCGGACAGUGAUAGUAGUGUUGUUGAGGAAUGAGUUUCAGAGUUGAUUGUCAUGUUCAUAUUUAAGGUGUUAUCGCUUUAAAAUGGAAUUCCUCUCAUUCUUGGAAAGUGAAUAAAGCAUGAACCAUAUUCUUUAAAAACUGUCAAAAGAGAAAUUGCUCAUUAAAUAUAUGAUCAUCCUGAUUUCUGAUAAUAUCUUCAUGUUUAAGAAUUAAAUUUUCAUUUUAGAUAACUUUUCUAUACAUGUAAUAGCAACCGUCUGUGACAAAAAAGGUUAGUGUGCAUUUAGUGUGACAAUUUAUCGGCACUGACAAAUGUUUCAAAAGGUUGACAACAGUCAAAAUAAAUAUAUCGAUAAUUCUAUGCUUUUAUUUAAAUUCUAUAAAUUACUAUCUUCAUAACUGUUAAUUUAGAUAAUUCUUGCUGCAAAUCUUUGCUCCUUUAGAACUUGCAUGCUAAUCAGACAUACACUGUAUAAAGUGUUAUGAAGUGAAUGUGACAUAAAGUUAAAUGUGGCAUUUUUGUGUACCUACAGUAUGGAAAAGGUAUAUAUGCAUGUAAUUUGUAA